CGGAGCUAACUCCUCCUUGUCCAUGUCCCUCCACAGCAUGGAUUGGUUCCACUGCAACCAGUGCUUCCGCCAAGAUGGCGCCAACUUUUGCAUCACCAGCUGUGGACACCUCUUCUGCAGGAAAUGCUUUGCCGCGGAGAAAUGCCCCAUUUGUGGAGCGACCUGCAAAUAUCUGUGUCUCGCUGAUAAUAUGAAACCCCAAGAAAAGAUCUUUUUCAAGAGCCCGGUGGAAACGGCCCUCAAAUAUCUGGCCCACAUCUCCCAGGUGUGGAGUUUCCAGCGGGCACAGAGCGAGCGGCUGCUCUCGUUCUACAAGAACAGGGCAUCCCAGGCGGAGGGGUCCCUGCAGGAGACGCGCCAGAAACUCUCCACCCGCGACAGGGAGCUGGAGGCGCUGAGGCGGGAGAACGAUGAGCUGAAGAAAUAUCUGAGCAUCCUCAAGGCCUCGCCCAGCCGAUGCCAGGGCAGCAGGGUCAGCACCCCCCGGCCAGUUGGCAUCACCUCCCCCUCACAGAGCGGUGCCCCGCGGCCCCGCACCCAGCUCUGCAGCCAGGUGGUCAGCCGCUCCUCCUCGCUGGAGUCCAUCCCCUACCGCCUCUCCAGCACCCCCAGCUGGCUGCAGGCUCCGGGACCUACCCAGACCCCCACUGGCUCCAGCAUUGCCACCCCGUCUCCAGCCUCCACCCAGAGCCUGUCCUACUGGGCCUCCUCCUCCUCCACCCCGACCCCAGCGCUGGGCACCUUCCCCUUGCGCCCCCCCGGGCGGGGGCCAGUGGAGGGCGAGGCUGGGCAGGGCCGGCGCCCCCCCACGCUGGCACUGGGCAUCUUUGCAGAUCUGAGAGAGGGGGGCACCGCUCGGGGGAGCCAAAGCACAGAGAGACCAAGACCCAUACAGCUAAGGUUCACCCCCCAACUCACCCCCUCCCAGCAUGGCAGGGCCCCCAGUGCCAGCCAGGCCCCCCAACUGUAGCGUGUGGGGCACAGAAACCGCCUGGGCUCCCCAGCAUCCGACGGAUUCUCCCCUGCAGCCCCCUGGGGACCGGAGUGACUGUGCCUGGGGGGAGGGGGAGUACAGCCAAGGGAGCCUCCCCAGCCAGUCACACCUGCCCCCCACACUCCCUAACACCCCUCCCCAGCCACCCGACACCCCCACCCCAGGCCAGUCUAACAGCCCCCCCCCCGUACUGCCCCCAGUGGCCCAGCCCAAGGGUUCCCAUUCCUCCAACCCCCCCUACACCUGCCUCCCCACUCGGGCCAGGGCUCUGUUAUCCCCACCCCCAAGCUGGGAUCAGAGCCGUGGGGGGGAUGUCACACCACUGGAGUCCAGCUCCCCACUAUCCCUGUCCCCACCGCAGCUGGGAUCAGAGCCAUUUGUGGGGAGUCACACCACUGGAGUCCAGCCCCCCAUUAUCUCUGCCUCCCCCCCAGUUGGGGUGCCCCCAAAUGGCUCUGAUCCCACUGGAGCCCAGACCCCCCCCACAUUGACAAUAAAUGUCUGGCUUUUCCAACUGGGCUGCUGCAUAUUUGGGGGAGAACUGAGGUUCAGCCAUAACCCCCCUGUAACCUAGGGGGACGUAACCUGAUUCUCUGCCCCCCAGCCGCUCUUCUCCCGCCCUUGGGGGCUCUGCUGGGGGAAUGGCUGGAUGAUUUAAGGGCGGGUUUUGGG